AUGACAUCUGUAAAUCCUCUCAUUAGUUCUUUUUUACAAAAACCUUGCGAUUUAAGAGAAAUGAAAUCUUUUACUCCAAGUGAGCAAAAGAAAGCAAUGGAAAGUGUUCCUAAUCUUGCUGGAUUUGAUCAAAAUCCAUUUGACCCUAAUUCACUCUUUACUUUGCAAACCCAACUUACUGGAGUGAAAAAAACUAAGGAGAAGAUAUUGUAUCAAUCUGAAAAGAUUAGUAGGAAAAUAUUCCAAUCAACUGUUCACUUGCUUGGUUCCAUCAUCGAAAAAAAUCAACAACUAUUCAUAAAUGACAAAAAGGAAUUGACUCCAACUGGCAAGUUGACUCAAGAUUUUAAUGAUUCAGUUACCACUGACUCUGAAAGUCAAACAAGUAUGCUAAUAUUUGUAACCAGAAUUCAAGAAGUAGAGGAAGAGGAAGAAGAUCCAACCAAAACCGCACAUGGAAUAAUAGUAGAAAUAGAAGAAAUUCAAACCAGAAUCGUUCCCAGAUAG